UUUGUUGGUUUGUCUUCUGAGGAGCUGUCACAAUGGAGACUAUAAAGCCCAAGAUGAAAGUGCUGAAAAAGCGUCGCUCCAGUCUUUUUGCGACCAUAAAACGGGAAGUGAGUUUUUCAAACAGCUAUGAGGAACAGGAGUGUGAAUUCCCCUUUUCACAGGACAGCUCUGUAAAAGCAUGGACAUCUAUGGACAACCUUAACGCAUCUGAUGGGAAAAAAAGGGCAGGAAACAAUCAGCAAAAAUCUGUGCCCAACCUAAGGCAAUCAAACAUCGUCAACCUCAACGUGGGUGGGAAGGUGUUUCACAUCCCGACGUGUUUGGUCCUCAAACACCCAAAAACCAGGAUUGGAGUCCUUGCCCUUUGUAAAGAUCCGGCCAAGCGUCUGACGCUCUGUGACGACUACAAUGUUCAGAACAACGAGUUCUUUUUUGACAGGGACCCCAUGUUUUUCCACUACAUCUUCCACUUCUAUUGCAGUAAUGUCCUGUGGGUGAUGGAUAGUCUCUGCCCUGUCAACUUUGAGCAAGAGAUGUCAUUCUGGGGGUUGAAAUUGAAGGACACUCCAAGGUGCUGUCGCAUUCUGUUCGAGGAGAAAGUGGACGACAUCAGAGACCAGCUGAAGGUGAACCAGGAGUUGAUUGAUGAGAUUAAGCCUCACCAGGAUGGCGAGGGAUACAAGACCAUGUUUCUCGGAGGCCUCCGGAAGAUCCUCUGGGACUUGAUGGAGAAUCCUUACUCCUCACUGUCAGCCAAAGCCUUUGCUGUGUUUUCCAGUCUCUUUGUGCUCAUCUCCAUUGUUGCCAUGACAAUGAACACAGUAAAUGAACUCAGGCAGUACAAACUUGGUGGCAAAACCUACAUGGAGUGGAUAGAGAUAUCCUCCAUCCUUUUCUUCACCUUGGAGUACUUUUUGCGGUUACUCACCACAUCGAACAUCAAAAAUUUCUUGAAGAGUGGCCUCAACUUUGUUGAUGUGGUGGCUGUUAUGCCUUACUUCCUCCAGAUAAUGUUUGAGACAUUUGUUAUGGAUUCAGAAAACGUCGGUGCAAAGGAAGAUUUGAAGGCCAUGGCGAGAGUCAGUAAAGUCAGCAAGGUGCUCAAGGUCGUCAAGUUGAUGCGCAUCUUCCGUAUCUUGAAGCUUGCCCGUCACUCCACAGGCAUGAGGGCAUUUGGUUUUACCAUCCGACAGUGCUCUGAGCAGGUGUGCUGUCUGUUUCUGUUCAUUGCCAUGGGCAUCUUCACCUUCUCUGCUCUGAUGCACUCUGUGGAGAUGGAUCAGCCUGGGACACCGUUCAGCAGUAUACCUGAUGCCUGGUGGUGGGCUGCGGUGAGCAUCUCUACUGUGGGCUAUGGAGAUGUUGUCCCUAUCUCCUAUCUCGGCCGUUGUGUGGCGUUCGGCUGCAUUUCUUUCGGCAUCAUCCUCAAUGGCAUGCCCAUCUCCAUCCUGUUCAACAAGUUCUCCGACUAUUACGCCAAACUGAAGGAACAGGAAUACACAUUUUCAAACACCGAACGCACCUUCCAGCUCAAGAAACGUAUGAGGCGCAAGUUUGACAACUGCUUCGAACCCCUGCCAGAGGAGUCUGAUGACGAGAUUCAUUAUCGGCCCAGUGGAAGGCAAACUGGCCACGAGAGCGAGGAUUUAGCUGCCCACUAG